AAAUAAUAAUAUCGUUAACGUCGAUGAACAGAAACACAUAUGAGUAUAUCACCAUCAUCACCACCUUCAUCUUCGUACCUGUCAUUGUCAAAUCCCAACCCAAUGUCGCACCAAUCCCGCGCCGUCUGCGCCACCGAGCUGAGCUGGUGCCGCGCCGUCCCCGGCGGCACCGGCAUCACCGUCCUCGCCCUCCUCUUCUCCAAGCCCCCCGACCUCCCCUUCCUCCAAUCCGCCCUCCGCCGCCUCCAAUCCUCCCACCCCAUCCUCAACUCCAAGCUCCGCUUCGACUCCUCCUCCUACGUCACCUCCCAAUCCCCCUACCUCCAAAUCCGCCCCAUCGACGCCCAAUCCACCGCUCAGAUCCUCCAAUCCCACUCCUCCAUCCCGCCAUUGCAGUCAAUCCUCGAGCACGAGCUCAACAACAACUCCUGGCAGGAUCCAGACCCUUCCUCCGACGCCGAUCUCUUCCUCGCCAGCCUCUACCAUCUCGAGGGGAGCCUGUGGGUGCUGGCGCUCCGCAUCCACACCUCCGUCUGCGAUAGGGCUGCCGCGGCGGCGCUGAUGAGUGAAUUAGUUGCUCUGAUGGAGGGGAAUCGAGCGGAAUCCGUGGAGGAGAGUCAGGAGAUGGAGGUUAGUUUGGGGAUUGAGGAUUGCAUCCCCGCCGGCGUGGGGAGUAAGCCGUUUUGGGCGCGCGGCGUCGAUAUGUUGGGAUACUCUCUCAACUCUUUCCGCCUCGCCAAUUUGAGCUUCAGUGACACGGAUUCGCCCAGGCAGUCGCGCAUCGUGAGGAUGAGGAUGAAUGCGGAGGAUACUGGCCGGAUUCUGUCUCGGUGCAACUCUAAUGAGAUAAAGUUAAGUGCAGCUUUGGCAGCAGCCGCAUUAAUUGCUUGUCAUGCGUCAAAAAAGUUCCCGGGUGAACAGUGGGAGAAGUAUGCGGUUGUAACUCUCACGGAUUGCCGGUCUGCUCUUGAUCCCGUGCUUAGCAGCCACCAUAUGGGUUUUUAUCACUCUGCCAUUCUGCACACUCAUGAUAUUAAAGGAGGGGAAGAUUUGUGGGAGCUGGCAAAACGAGUCCAUUCUUCGUUCAUGAACUUGAAGAACAAGAAUAAGCAUUUCACAGACAUGGCCGAUCUCAACUUCUUAAUGUGCAAGGCAAUAGAGAACCCCAGUCUGACUCCAUCGUCAUCUCUCCGUACUUCACUAGUAUCCGUCUUUGAGGACGCUAUUUUUGAUCCUCCAAACAAACUGAAAGAGGCCCUCGGGUUUGAAGACUUCAUUGGAUGUGCCUCGGUUCACGGAGUAGGCCCGUCAGUUGCAGCAUUCGACACGAUAAGGGACGGGAAACUAGAUUGCGCCUUUGUGUAUCCAUUCCCAUUGUUCUCAAGGGAGCAGAUGAAUGAGUUUGUAGAUGGAAUCAAAGAGAUUCUAUUGAAAGGAAUAGCUUAAUCGGCUGAUUCUACUGUGUAGUAAUCCAUAUGUUUGCUGUCUCGAAAAAUGUUGUAUGCAUUGCUCCAAAAGAGGAGGUACUCUGAUAAAUUAAAUUCUCAUCCCAACUUUUGCUGGCCAAAGAAAAAGUAAAUGCCCCUUGCAGUUAUGUU